AUGAGCGGAUAUCCAGACGGAGCAAAGCUAGCCUCAUGGAACCAUCUACCAACAGAAUUACUUCGAGCAGAGCUCGCACGACGCCUGGAGGAUGAACCCUCUCCCAAACGGCCAGCUUGCGGCUCGAAUACUACAAAGCAUGGCUAUAACACACCUGCGCAUGUCGCAGCACUCUUUAUAAUACUGGCACUCAGCACAUUCGCUUGCGCCUUUCCUAUCAUCGUACGCCGAUUUCCGAGCCUCCCAGUGCCGCAUCGAUUUCUAUUUCUAUCCCGACACUUCGGGACAGGCGUACUCAUUGCGACCGCAUUCGUUCACCUGCUCCCAACUGCAUUCGUAUCAUUACAUGAUCCAUGUCUUCCACUAUUCUGGAGCAAAAAUUAUACAGCUGCCGCUGGUCUUAUUGCGAUGGUGGCUAUGCUGGUGGUGGUGGGAAUUGAAAUGUUCUUCGCAACUCGCGGAGCCGCACACUCACACGGCUCUAGCUAUGACCUCUUCCCAGAAGACCAUCCAGAGCGGACGAGUCAGGGUGCUGGAAAAAGACCGCGACAUUCUCGAGGCCAGAGCUUUCGCGGAUAUGAGCAAGACCGCCCGGCGGGCAUUAUGCUGGGCGACAUGGAUGGGUCGACCGACAAUCUGGUCGACGGUAGGUCACCCUCCGUCGCAAAUCACUCGCCAAUGCCUCCGUCUAUAGCCAGUAGCUCUAAGCAUGCAGAUUUCGACGAUAAUGAUGACUCCGAUCUCGACCUCGACGAGCUAGACCCCACCACAAACGAUGCAUCGAACCUCAUAAAUGGACACACUACACGGAAACGCUCCCACUCCGCGAGUCCAUUACGCAUCCCCGAGACAGAGACCUCGGCGUCGCAAUAUCAAGCUCAGAAGAAAGCUCUUCUGCAGGUUCUCCUUCUCGAAGCCGGAAUACUCUUUCACAGCAUAUUCAUUGGAAUGGCACUCAGUGUAGCCAUGGGAACAUCUUUCGUUGUGUUGCUCGUUGCAAUUUCAUUCCACCAGACAUUCGAAGGCUUCGCGCUCGGUGCACGUAUCUCAGCAAUACACUUCCCUGCGCAUAGCGUCAAACCGUGGCUUAUGGCGCUUGCGUAUGGGGCUACAACACCAAUCGGACAAGCGAUUGGGCUGAUGAUACACAAUUUGUAUGACCCUUUCAGUCAGACGGGGCUGUUGAUGGUAGGGGUGAUGAAUGCGAUCAGUAGUGGCAUGCUCCUGUACGCAGGGCUAGUGACGCUGUUGGCAGAAGAUCUUUUGAGCGAUGAGAGUUAUGAGUCGUUGAAGGGGCGGAAGAGAAUACAUGCUUGCGCUGCAGUGGUGGGCGGGGCAGGAUUGAUGGCGCUGGUCGGGGCAUGGGCGUAG